ACGGCCUCACUAGUCGGUUAUAACCUCUCUCUCACUCUGUUUCUCUAAAAUCAACAAAACUCCGAACCCAACCCCAAUGGAUUUAUUCGACCCGAACCGCUUCUCAAACCGCAAAUCCACACCCUCUGGACGUUUCCUCCGCGUGCCAUCACAGGCGCCGCCACUCCUUCAAAACCCCAACGACGAGCUCCACGAGGACGACGUCGUUUUCUUCGCUGACAACUACAACGCCGAACCAAACCACCAGAAUACCUCCACCUCUUCCCCUUCCACUCCCAACCACCACCAUUCCUUCGGCAUCCUCGCCGCACUCCCCGAAAAUGAAACCUCUCCUAACCGCCGAAAUGUUUCGCCGCUCUUCCACAAGGCCUCAGGUUCCUCCUCGCGCUUGAUUCCGUCCAUUCCUAGGCCUCCGGCGCUGUCUUCGUCCGUCAGGUUCCACCAGUCGGCGCCACUGAACGUUCCGAUCCUUUCGGAGGCAAUGACAAAUGCACGGAGGAAGCGCCGCGAGUUGGACGCCGACGACGGCGGCGGCGGCGGCGAAGAGGAGGAAGAGGAGGAGGAGAUGGUGCCUCCACACGAAAUCACGGCGAGGAACUCAGCGCAAUCGCAGAUGCUGGCGUGCUCUGUUCUGGAAGGUGUUGGAAGGACUCUGAAAGGAAGGGACUUACGGCAGGUUCGGAAUGCCGUUUGGCGCCAAACAGAAAACAUGAAAUAAUUAAUAAUGUGCUUUUGCAUAAAGAAAUAGUAAUUAACAGUGGAAA